GGGGCAAUGUCAAUGUCGGACCUCAUAUCUGAUGGAACGAACAACCACAGCAUGCGGAGGACCUGCAGUCCGUGGAACUGGAAGCAACUUCCCACUGCACGCUCCAUCCACUCUUCAAUCUUCUGUAGUCUGAGUCCUUCCCCCCUGCCUACCGCUCGCUGCUCGUCACUCGUUAAAAAGAUAGACAAAGAAACGGCAACUUGCAGAUUCAAGGGUCGCCGUCGUUUUAACUUUCUUACCGUCGCUCCGCGCUGCUUGGCAAGAUGGCGAACCCAUUCGCUGCCUUCGAGAAAGACACCAAAAGCGCCAAAGAGGCCAAGGGCGGCGAUUUCAAAGAGGAUCUCAACAUUAUCCUGAUGUGUCCGGACUGCAAGGAAAAUCCGCCUAACCUUGUCGAAGAGACGUCCUCGGGCGACAUGGUCUGCGGGUCAUGCGGCGUCGUUCUCGGCGAGCGUAUCAUAGACACUCGUUCGGAAUGGCGCACUUUCUCCAACGAUGACCAGGGGAAUGAUGAUCCCUCGCGUGUCGGCGAAGGCCCUAACCUCAUGAUUGACGGGGACCAGCUCCAGACGCAGAUCGCGUUCGAUGGGAAGAACGCCAGAAACUUGGCACAUCUCCAGAACAAGAUCAACCAAGACAAAGGAUCCAAGGCGCUCAUGCAGGCCUACCGCGAUAUCCAAGGGUUGACGGAUAGCAUCAACGCAGGCGCCCAGGUGGCCAACGCAGCCAAGCACAUCUUCAAGCAGGUAGACGACAACAAGGCCUUGAAGGGCAAGUCUCAGGAGGCCAUCAUCGCCGGCUGUAUCUUCAUCGCCUGCCGGCAGACAGGCAACCCGCGGACCUUUCGUGAAAUCUACGGGCUGACGAAAGUUUCGAAGAAGGAGAUUGGUCGUGUCUUCAAGCAGCUCGAGGCCUUUCUACAAAAAAUGGGCGGCGAAGACGCGGUUGCGCAGAACGCGCUCUUCAACCAGACGUACCAGGCCAAGGGAUCUACCAGUGCCGUGGAGCUGUGUGCACGGUACUGCAGCAAUCUGCGUUUUCGCAACCCCGUCCGCGUCGAGAACGUUGCUCGCCGUCUUGCGGAUAGAUCGACCCAGGUAUCUGAUCUGGCCGGCCGAUCCCCGCUCUCGGUCGCUGCCGCUUGUAUCUACAUGGCGUCUCACAUAGUGGGAGAACCCCGGAACACUAAGCAGAUCUCCGAAGUCUCGGGCGUGAGCGACGGCACAGUCAAGACGGCUUACCGGUUCCUCUACGCAGCGAGGGAGUCAUUCCUGACCGACGAGGUUUUCCCGGAGGGUAUUCCGAACACCGACAAGCUGCCGAUCAACUAGAAGGCGAAACCGCCCGCGGCCCAAACAUGGUCAGCCGCCCGAGUAGACUGAUCGGCUGUGUCCUUCAUCUGGCGUGUUAGGGCUAGACCGGGGGCGUAGGGCAGAAUGUAUUACUGGAACGUGCUAUUGACAGCGACUGCUCCUUUUGGCCGCAGCGUCUCCAUCCAUACGUUUGGAGGUCUUUGAGGGGCAAGGGACCACUGCGUGGGUUUUGGCGUUAUUGGGGGGAUAAUCGAGACUCGAGAGCAUGCAUCGGAAUGUGGAAUGGCACCAAGAUGGGUCAUGGACAAAGGAAUACCAGUUAUGCCGUAUCAAGUACCGGCUGUAUACCACCUUGUUUUGCAUCUCAGCCCAUAUCCCGGUUUGAUGAUAUCCGAAACAUUCUUUCCAGUGAUGAGACAGCCUGAGGCAGGGGACUUAUUGUUUUCGUAGAUGAAUGAUGGCCGUUUGAGUGCCG